GUUCACACACUUUUCAGUCUCUGUUUUUCCACCCAAGCUUCUGCCACAAAGCACUUUCUUUUGUGCAUGGACAAUAAACGAGUGCUAAACGAAAAUUCAAUUUGAAGCAAAGGAAAUGAAUCCUUACACAAUCACGAUAAAUAGCAGAAAAACAUCGUUUGUAAGCAGUUGAUGAAGUUGCCAGUGCUUGUUUAGCGCAGUGAAAUGUUCAACACACAAAAAAGUGUCGAACAAAUUGUUAAGAAUUCCAUAACUUAGACUGUCACCUGUGCUGUAUACGUGUGUUCGCUAUCGGUAUAAGUAAUACAAAAUCGUGAGACUCAAUUAUAUAAUUUGCGUGUACAAUGUAAUAUUCUACCUGUGUGAAAAUUACCCAUUUUCUAUUAUAUGACUAAAUACAGGAGAAAAUUACCAUAAGUAAAUAUAAUUAUGCAAAAUUAUACGUAAAAUGUUAAAAUAUCAACGCAAAUAGAAUAUAAACCGAAAACUUAACAUAUCGCAAAUAAUAAUGUUCAACGCACCACCAUCCCCUUCGAAAAUUGGAUGUUGUGCGUUAAGACGCACGCCACCACGUCCCCCACAAGAAAUAUAUUUCGAAAGCCGCGGCAAGUGCUGUAAGAAAUUGUUACGUUAUAAUGGAUACCCAAACAAAAUUUUAUUGUAUCCGGAGGAAGGCUGGGCGAGAAAUGCGGGACAUUGUUAUUGGACAAUAAGGCCAUACAAAUGGUGGAAAAAUACGUGCAUUGUGGAGGAAAUAGCUGGUUCCAGACAAACUUCAACGUUUGGUCGAAUGAUUCCAGCUGACUCAGGAGCUUUACUAAUAAUUGGUUCUUUUAAAAAGCGGUUUCCUGAUCCGGAUUUUAAGCUGUACCUAUCAUCGAAUGUAAGCAUAUCGGAUUAUAACAUGGGUUAUUGCUUGACUGGCACAUUGGAACGUGGCUGCAAACGAACGAAUAAUUUUCAAAUAUCACAUUUUGCUGUUAUACGCAGACGGUGGCCAAUGGUCGACGAUGUUAAAUCUUAAGUUUGUGUUCUAGUUUAGCAAAUGUUUAAAUGAUACAAAGCGAUAGUUUGAGCUUCGUAAUAUGAAAAAGAUAAAUGUUCGGUUAUUUGAUGGAAGGGUGUAGUGACCUAGUUAUGCAGACCUUUUAUUAGAAGUUUUUUGAGUAACCUCUUGCUGCAAGGUAGAGGUGAUGCCGUCCCAGAAUUUAAAAAGAAAAUGACCAAUCUCUACAAAUGAAAAGUCUUUUCAACUGGUCACAGACUGUUUCAGCUAAGCAUUAGGCGAACGUACAAACAUGGAUGUUACAUACGUACACGUAUCAGAAUUAUACUUUCUUGUUUAUCACCUGAAUGACAGAGCUGAUGCAAGCUAAGAUUGGUUUCUGAAAGUCUGUAAAUGGAAAUGAAAACAAACUCAAUUUAAUUAUUGCAACGAAUUUAGACUAAAUUAAUUUGAUUACUUUGAAGAGAUGGUAUUAACAAUACUCUUGCCAUUUCCUGUUCACGGCACUGACGAUAAAGAUAAGCGAUGUACUUUCCCUACUUACAUAUUAAAAUGUUCAUAGGUUCAAACCAAGGAAUUAAAAGAUUAUGUUCAAGUCUGUUGAGAAAUUUCGAUCAAUAGAAUUAAAAAGAUUCGAUAAUUAUAUUGGUGGAAUUCUUGCCGUCGCGUCGGUGAAAGUUUAUUGUUUGUAUAACUUGAAAGAUCAGCAAAUAUCAGUUAAUCAGUUUUGCUGAAUUUGUACCCUGCUUCAAUGAUUACGUGAAGAAUAUUUUCGGUUCGCAUGGAUAGGAAAUAGACCAGAAUACGUUUGAUUCUGCUUCGUAAUUCAUUGAUUCGGAACCCCUCAAACUCACGAGUAUUUUGUCGAGAAACCUGCUUCGGUAACGGUUUUUCGACAACUGUGGUUGUAUACCUCGCCUUCGGCUCGUAUAUAGAAACUUUACAUUUGUCGAAAAGACAACUACCGCAACUUGUUGCUCAAAAUACACAAUUGUUUGUUUUUUUGUUCCGAAACUGUUACCUCAUGUAAUGAGUUACUUUUGCAGCAUCUAAUCUACUAUUUCGUGAAGAUUUGACUUAGUUGGUGAGUUAUAAUAUUUGUAACUUGCACAAUGUUCUUUCUCAAAAGAGUCCUUCUUUGCGACAUUUAUGCAUAUAUUGACGUUGAAAUUCCCAGGGAAAGGCUAUAGAUUUAUUAAGUUAGAGGCUCUGGUCGUCUGUACUCGUCAGCAACGGGAAAACAAACGAUUAGUUUAUGUCAGACCUCUGGAUUUUUUUUUAGAAAUGGUUAUUUGUGUACCUGUUUUGGACGAUUGAUUUUAGGCAAUUUCGCGGAUUG